AAGAAAUGAAAGAAAAUGGAGAGAGAGAGAGAGUGCGGGAGAAUCGAAAUCGAAGAGGAAAUGGGAUCGGGAAAACACACGGCAGAGUUCUUCAGAAGAAGGGAUGCGUGGAGGAAGCAUCCCAUGCUCACCAAUCAGUUCCGGCACGCCACCCCUGGCCUUGGCAUCGCCCUCGUCGCAUUUGGCUUCUAUCUCGUCGGCGAACAAGUCUACGAUCGCCUCAAUGCUGAUUCUCAUGCUCACGUGAAAGCCGAGAACCACCACUAAUCUCAACUAUUGGAUUCCAUCGUCGCUUUCCCUCUUUCAUAAUAAGCUUUGUCUUCGUUCAUAUUCUCGCAGCCUUUAUAAAUUUCAGACUAUGUUGCCUUCUUUGCAUCGUUGACAUUGCAAUAUACUUUCUUUUUUUCUAUCGCAUUCCUGCUUUUGCCUGUCACCGCCUUUUUCAGCAGACAUCAAAUUCAUUCCUUUGCGUCUCAACCAUCCCUUAAUUUGUUAUAUUCGUAUUUUCAGCAACAUCUGGUAACUGUGAGUCGAUUUACUCACUGACUUAUUAGGAAAUAAAAUUGAUCAGUUGUUUUGGGAUUGAA